AUGAAUCGAAGAUCAACUUUGAAUCAAAAGCGUUCAGCGACAAUUUCAGAAUUUCGAUUUAUUACUGGAGAAAAUACAGACGCAAAUGUGCUGCUGCUGCUGCAACAUCUGCAACAAUUAAAACAAGAUCAAUUGCAGCUGCAGCAUAAUCAACAAAAACGUAAUCAAUGUCAACCCAAAUUAACCAAAGUCCUCCCUUAUAAAGUUACUAGAUCCAAGUCUGUUCAUGCAUUUCAAGAAUAUGGGAAAGGGUUUGUUGGUUCUCCGUUAAUGAACUCAUCAAUUAAAUCGUCGCAAAUAAAUCUGCCACAACCAAAGAAGUUAUUAAAAAAGGAAGUUACACCUUUGCAACCAACUCCUCCAAUAAUCUCACCAAUCCCAAAUCAACCACAUGCUUCCACAUCUAUUGCAGUUGCAUUAGAGGAGCCGCCGCUACAACAGUCUCCACCACCACCACCACCACCACCACCUCCAAUUCAUCCAUCACCAUUCAUUAGUAACACCAUUGAUGACGAUAAUGCUCAAACUUCAUUGUCUUAUUCUUCCAAUUUGCUUAAUUAUUGUCAAGAAAGUGUGGCUACUUCUAAUUACCCAGCAGGAGCCACCAAAAGUCCUGGUAGUGGAAUUCGCAAUACAACUGUGAUUUACCGCAAGAAAAAUACGCCAGAGUUGGAUUAUAAUUUGAAUGAAAUAUCACCAAUAUCUUAUGAUACUAAUUCACUCAGAGUGGUUAAAAGACAAAGCAAAUUUUCUGUCAAUUCUAAAUUGGAAGCACCUACGUCAAGCAAUGAUUUGAUAAUGGAAAAAAAUAAAAAUUUGUCGCCAGACUUGGAAAUAGUGAUGGCAAAGAGUGAUGAUGAUAACAAUAGUAGCAUAGAAAUAAAGCAAAAGAAUAUUUUGGAGACGCCCAUUAGUUUUAAUAAUGACCUCCCUAAUAAAAGUGUUGGUGAUAAUGAUUCUUACACUUCACCGGUGUCAACUGGAUUGUUUUCAAAUAUAACCAGAAGAGGGUUUUGGUGGAUCAUUGUGAUCUUAUUAUGUGUAAUUAUAAUUCUAAUUGGAGGGUUUGCUCCUGCGGUAUUUAUUUUGGGGAAAGGAACUAAGACGUCAGUAGGGAAAUUUUUCAGUGACCCCAAGAAUUUACCCAUGUUAUAUUUGCUAUCACUGAAAUACUUGACCAAAGUAGAAGAGGUCCGUGAACCAAUAAUCCAUAAACCUAAUUCGAUUGAAGGUCUUAGUGAAGAGUUGCAACAAGAUAAUGAGGUUGUUUCAUUAAUGAGUAUUGUUACUAAUGCAUUGUUUUCUGGAGUAGCAUAUUCUCCAAGUAAUGCAUUAGAACCACAAUGUGGAUUCACUAGACGAGAUGCAAUGUUAGAUUUGGCCAGGUUAUCGACUAUUACCACGAGAAUAAGAAAUUAUGGCAUGCAAUGUGAUCAAAGUGAGUUUAUUUUGGAUGCAAUUGAAUAUAUGAAUUUAAAUAUGACAUUAGCAAUGGGGGUUUGGAUUGGGUCUAAUGAUACUGUAAACCAAGAACAAAUGGAUUUGAUGAAAAAGAUUAUUUCUAAAUACCCAAACCCACUGGAAUUAAUCAACUCGAUAUAUAUUGGUAAUGAAGUAUUAUUUCGAGAAGAUAAGACUAGAGAUGAAUUAAUAGAGUAUAUUCAAGAUGCUAAGACAUUUUUACAAUCAAGAGGAAUAGAUGAUAUCCCUGUAGGGACAUCUGAAAUUGGUUCUUUGGUAGAUCUGCCUCUUUUACAAGCUUGUGAGAUUGUUGGUGCUAAUAUUCAUCCUUUUUUCGCUGGAGUUCCAGUGGAAUUUGCAACCAUUUGGUCUUUAGAAUUUCUUAAUCUACAAGUUCAACCAUACAAUGAUUAUAAUACCAAAAUUGUACUUACAGAAAUAGGAUGGCCAAGUGGUGGUGGUACAUUUGGUUCUUCAAUUGCCAGUUUAUCGAAUCUGGAAUAUUUUGCUAAUGAUUUUUUGUGUACAUUUCGAGAUUUGCCAGUUGAAUAUUAUUAUUUUGAAGCGUUUGAUGAACCAUGGAAAGAAAUUUUUUGGGAAGGUAAUCGAAGAUGGGAAACUCAAUGGGGGGUAUUUCAAGACGAUAGACUGCCAAAAUUUGCUUUACAAAAUAUAGGAUGUGUGUAA